AUGGCAUCCAACUAUACCUACUCCUUCUUUCGGGUCUCGAAGACAGAUGGAGUCGCAGCCUCCGCUCAGAAAUAUCGAGACCUCCGCCUAAAAGCAUUGAAGACUUCACCGAAUUCUUUCUCAUCUACUUAUGAUAUCGAAUCGGCUUUUACCGAAGCCGACUGGAUAGAUCGUCUCACACUUCCCGAUCGAGAACUCUUCAUUUGUGCCGCGACACCACUUAGCCAUGAUCCGUCAUCCCCUGAUGAUGUCCAGUGGAUCGGCCAAGUCACUCUGCGAGGGCCUUCAUCCAGGGCUGAUUUCGAGUUACCCGUGGAAGCUGGCCAGCCACCCCAGAAAUCCGACGAAGAGGAAGAGCGAUGGCAGAUGCUAAGCUUGUUUACGCUUGCGGAGUAUCGCGGCCAUGGACUCGGAAGCAGCCUUUGCCGGGAGGCUAUCAAUUAUCUUCGAUCGUACCGGUCAUUUCCUCGCCAAAUUCAAGUGCGCCUCAUCGUCAAGGCGGGGAACCAUGUUACGGUGGAAUUGUACCGGCGUCUUGGGUUUAUCCACGCUGGAAAGGCGACUCUUGUUGAAGCUCUCAUUGCGAAUGGAGAUGAGGAUCUUGUUCCCGAAGAUCGAACUUCGGAGAAGUACUCUGAGAGACAGGGGCUGAUUAUGAUAUCUCGUAUAUCACGCUCGUGA